CUCUUCCACUUGAGGGACUUGCCUGUUUAUGCUUAUCCGGAUUCCGGAUAAAGUCCCCCGCAAAAGUUUAGCUUUCAGUGCCUGAGAGGGGACGAGAGAUAUGGCUCUCCUUCUCCCUCAUCUCUCCUUACUGUCCUCUAGCCUCAUUCCUCCUUCCUCUUCGUCCCUUCACCCCACCUCCAUCCCAAUUGCCUCUCGCCCCUUUGCAAGGUUGUGGCAGCAAGACCUAGUGUUACAGCGUGGAACUCUUAGAGGAGUGAGGGUAGGCAAGACCCUUGGAUUUCACAAUAGGUCUAUCAUGGUCCAGGCUUCUUCCCAAGUUGAUGGGGCCGAUGAUGGUGGACCUGAUAGUAUUCCAUCUCAAAGGCCAGAAGAAGCUGUGGCAGUUGAGAACCUUCCUCUAGAAUCCAAGCAGCAGAUGAUUCUCGAGCAGAGGUUGAGGAUGAAGCUGGCCAAAAAAAUACGGCUUCGGAGGAAACGCCUUUUGAGGAAGCGUCGGAUGAGGAAGAAGGGCAGAUGGCCACCUUCCAAGAUGAAGAAGAACAAGAAUGUGUAAUAUAUUUUGCAGGUCUAUCUCUGCCUUCUCCUCAUUGUAAUUGCUAUAUUUUGAUAGCUGCUUCCUCUGACACUUGUGACAUUGAAUUUGUUUACCUGCUUAAGAGUUGAGUUUGUGAAAACCAUAUUUGUUUUGAAAUCAAGUUAGUUUGGAAAAA